GUUUGGGCUAGAAGCGCGGGAUUUGCACCUCCGGAGGCUGGGUCCGGGUGAAGCGGUCCGCAGCAUCCUUUCCGCGGGAGCUCCAGCCCGGAGUCCGCCGCCGGUGGUGACUCCGCGCGCGGUUCCCCGCCAGCGUGUGGGCCGAAAGGGGAGGGAAGACGAAUUGCCGCUCCGUGUAGCCGCCUUAAGUGACUGCUGUGAGGUUCCUGGUUCAGAAACCAUGACCGAGGAGCUGGAUCUCCACGGACAGGACUCUGAUGGGGGUAGUGAGGAGGUGGUCCUAACUCCUGCUGAGCUCAUUGAAAGGCUGGAGCAGGCGUGGAUGAAUGAGAAGUUUGCGCCUGAGCUACUGGAAAGCAGGUCUGAAAUUGUCGAGUGUGUCAUGGAACAGUUAGAGCACAUGGAAGACAAUCUCAGAAGAGCCCAAAGAGGGGAUCUGAAGGUCAGCAUUCAUCGAAUGGAGAUGGAGAGGAUCCGCUAUGUCCUUAGCAGCUACUUGCGGUGUCGACUCACGAAGAUAGAGAAGUUUUUCCCGCACAUCCUAGAAAAGGAGAAAACGCGCACUCUGGGGGAGCCUUCCAUCCUUUCUCCAGAGGAGUUUGUCUUUGUCAAAGAGUAUAUGAAUCACACAGAGACCCAUCUUAGAAAUGUUGCCUUAAAGCACAUGCCUCCCAACCUGCAGAAAGUGGACCUCUUGAGGGCAGUUCCCAAACCAGACCUAGACUCAUACGUGUUUCUGAGAGUGAAGGAGCGACAAGAAAACAUCCUCGUAGAACCAGAAGCAGAUGAGCAGAGAGACUAUGUUAUUGACUUGGAGGAGGGCUCACAGCACUUGAUCCGGUACAAAACCAUUGCACCUCUUGUUGCUUCUGGAGCCGUUCAGUUAAUAUAAAACAACUAACAAGCCUGAGGAUGUGGAAUCAUGGACAAUAUUAGAAACCCCAUUUCCUUUUGUGUCUAAGAAUAAUGAAGCCAUGCAGUAGGCUUUUCUCAGCAACAUGCGGACUACUUGGCCAUGGAAAAAAGAUCAGUGCGGGUUUCCUUCAUCACCACAGCCUUCUCUAACUCCCUGCUGUUCUAGCCAGCACCAGCAGAUGGGGCCCUUGCUCUGUCUGGCUUCUCAGCAAAUAAAUGGACUGUCAGAUGUGUGCCUUUUUUUUCCUACUAUUUACUGAACUCAGGAAACGUCACGAAGAGGCUUCUCUGCCCUGCCAUGAUGCGGAGAUGAAUUGAGCAUAACUUGAUGGUAACAAGAGAAAUCCUUUAGCUUUCCUGGUAGAAGAUUAUAAGCAGCUACUUUUAUACAUCAUAUAAUAUGUGACCUAAUGUUUUAGAACCUUAAAUAUUGAACUUAACACAAAUUUCUGUCAUGCAUAACUGAUGAAAGUCACAGUUAAAUAAGCCACUGUUAAAUGUCAGACUUGUGGUAGAAGGAGUCUUUGGACGAUUCUUAGUUUAGUGUCUAAGGAAAUAGAUUCUCCCUGUGUCUCAGGCAGUUUUGCCUAUCAGGUCUUCAGGCCAUUGUGCUCCAGCCUCUGAACGAAACAUCAUCAUUAUGAACUGUCCUAAGCUGGGACCUCAGCAUAUCCAGGGAUAUGGGUAAAAUGGCAUAAUGUGAACAGCUUAACACCUGAAGGGAAGACGGACAGCUCAUGAGUUAGCACCUCGAGACUGAUGAAAAGCAGCCUUUCCUUUUUACUUAUUGUUACUUAUUUUGAGAUGGGGUAGUUCUGGUUCUCCUGGAACUCACUAUGUAGACCUGUCUGCCUCUGCCUCCCUGUUGCUGGAAUUAAAGAUGUGCACCGCCAUGCCCAGCCAGUCUCUUCGUGACAAUGCAGAUUUUCACUUACAUAGCAUGAUCAGAGAGUAAACCAGUGUAAUUUCUAUCACUGCCAAGAGAACCCCAGUAGGUCAAAACAAGGAAGGUUCUCUGUAAAUAAAAGUGUUUGAUGUUCUUCUAGUCGACUGCACUCUUCAGAGUAGCUUUGUCCUCUGCACUAAGUAAUGUAUAGUGAGCAGACCGCGUGCUGGGCACAGCUGCUGGAACACCAGGAUCACAAUCCUGAAUUAGAUAUUCCUUGUCCCUGCUCAGAAAGUGUGGUUAAGUCUCCUGCACAGAAUGCUCUCCAGAGCGGCAGACGUGUGGCU